GCAAAAUUUUUUAGACGGUAAAACCUUCACUUCAAAUGAGGAGGUCAAAUACCACCUUGAUCAGUUUUUUGUCAGCAAAGAUCAACAAUUUUAUGAGCGUGGAAUCAUGCUACUACCAGAAAGAUGGCAAAAGAUUUAUGCUCGUUGUCAAGGUGGACAUUUUCACACUCAAAAAAUUCUUUUGCUGUUUUUUGUUUGGUCCAUUCAGUUGUUUGGUCCAUUCAGUUGUCAGUUUACGAAAAUGCAAGCCAGGCGGCUGAAAUUGUGAAUGGUAUUUAUGGUCUCGAUACUGUAAUAGCUAAAUUACGUGCAAUUUUGAAACUACUAGAAAUACUACUGACCAGAAACUGCUAUAGAGAAUUGGCCAACAGAAGAGGUGUUGUUGUGUUUCAUAAGGACAAGGCCAGGCCAUACAUGUCUGUAGUGAUAUUCCGUCAGAAAGUUCCAGGAGCUUGGUUGGGGAAGUUUCAAUGCAUCCACCAUAUAGUCGGGAUUUGGUACCAAGCGAUUACCAUCUUUUUCUCGCACUGCAAAACUUCCUGAGAUAUAUAGAAUAAGAAAUAAGGCAUCAAGAGAAGAUCGUGAAAAUCUAUUACCUAGAGUCUUUCGCCAAUAAGGACGAAGACUUUUAUGAAGAGAGAGGCCAUUAUGAUGAAGCUACCUUUAAAAUGGCAACAAAUUAUAGAAUAAAACUGUGCAUAUUUGACCCGUUCUUGACUUCAAAAAGCUUUAGCGAAGCAUAUAUCUCCCGUUGGUUUCUCGCACGAGAUACGAAUCUAUAUGUGCGAUUUAUGCUAAAACGCGUUAAACCAUCAUGCAAAAGGAUAUCCAAUUGGUACGUUGUAUUCGAGGAAAACGUGCCUUAAGGAUAUUAUAUCAUCGUAAUCAUUAUUAUUAUUAUCAUUAUAAAAUUCAAUGGUCCUUUUUAGGGCUAACA